UGACGGUGCGUGGGGUGCGUGUGAAGAGCAAAAUGAUUUGACGUUCCGUUGAUGGAUGGCUGACAGUCAAAGUCAAUGUGAGUCGACCCUAAAAUAAACAGAAAUCACGAAAGUGGAUAUUUUUUGUGGAGCAUGGAAGUAAUUAAUAAACUUUAUUACUCUGUAACUCAAACUGUCUCUCAACUAUCGUUAGUACUACCAGGAAAUCCAGUAAUUAGGGAAUAUGACAUAAAUCGGCACAUUGGUAGUGCUGGUAAAGGAUGUGUUUGGAAAAUUUUUUCCGGUUUUAAAAAAUCAACCAAAGAAGAGUCCUCAAUAUUUGUUCUAGAAAAAAAACUCUUUGAGCGAUACUCUAAAGAAGAUCGAGAAGAAAUAUACAGUGUCAUUAAACACGGAGUAGUUCAAUUAACAAAGAUUAGACAUCCUCAAAUACUUACAGUGCAGCAUGCAUUAGAAGAGAGUCGAGAGAGCUUUGCCUUUGCUACAGAACCAGUUCACACCACUCUUGCUAAUAUUUUGGGAGAAACGACAAACGUUCCAUCAGCUAUUACAUCGCAACUUGAAACUAUCAAUUUGUCAGAAACGGAAAUAAAAUAUGGUCUUAUACAGAUAAUGGAGGCAGUGAAAUUCAUUCACGAUGAAGCACAAUUGGUACACAGAAACAUCUGUCCUCAUAAUGUAAUUUUGAAUAUACAUGGAUCGUGGAAGAUUUUUGGUUUCGACUAUUGUGUUAGCAGCUUGCAAAUUUUUCGUUGCAGUUUUAAUCCAAAUCAAAAUAUUUUUACUGUUCCUAGUCUUGAAUAUACAGCUCCGGAGUGCGUUUUGGAUCGCAUAAUUUCGAUACGAUCUGAUUAUUUUUCAUUCGGUAUAUUAAUUUGUGCAAUAUAUACAAAGAAAUGUUUUCCAUUUAUGAUAAUGGAGAAAGAUUACGAUGUUUUCAGGAAAUUUACCGCAGAUUUACGAUUACCAAAGCAUCCAAAAUUGCCUUUUUUGCCUUCGGAAAUCCAACAUUUCGUCAGACUGUUGCUUAGUGCUGCUCCAGAAAAUCGACCAGAUUUAAUCCAGUUUUCUAAGGUGCCGUACUUUGAAGAUGCGGGUGUAAAAACCCUUACUUUCCUUCGUACGAUUAUACAAAGAAAUAAUCAGGAAAAAGCCAAAUUUUACAAAGAUUUGCCACAAAUUAUUCGGUUGUUAUCCGCACGCAUCAAUUUGCAUAUGGUUCUACCUUGUAUUGUGAAAGAGUUCGUGUGUAUCACGAUGAUACCUUUUGUACUGCCAAGUGUUUUGCUGAUCGCGGAGAAUUGUACACAAGCUGAAUUCGAAAAACACGUGUUGACGCAUUUAAAGCCAAUCAUGAAUUUGCAGGAGCCGACAGAAAUUUUAUUGAUUUUCAUGAAUAACAUAGAGCUACUGAUAAAAUUAAUACCAACAAGUGAGAUGGAAGCCAUUAUACUACCAAUAGCAUAUAGAGCCCUAGAAUCGAGUUCCCAGCAAAUUCAAGAGUUAUGUUUGAGAGUUAUUCCUUCGUUCGGACAUCUCGUUAAUUUUCAAUGCAUGAAAAAUUCUCUACUGCCGCGUAUCAAAAAUGUGUGCUUGCAUAGCUGCAACGUAUCUGUUCGAGUGAAUUGCUUAUUGUGUAUUGGAAAAUUGCUGCCGUAUUUAAAUAAAUGGACAGUUCUGGAUGAUGUGCUUCGUUUUCUUCCAACUAUAGCGUCACGUGAAUCCGCUGUAAUCAUGGCGAUUGUUGGUAUUUAUAAAAUAACAUCAAAUCAUGAAUCACUGGGUAUACCAAAAGAAUUCAUCGCUAGAAAUGUACUACCUUUCCUGUGGCCACUAUCAAUUGAGACUAGUUUAACUAUUCAGCAACACCAAAACGUUAUGAUUCUCAUAAAAGACUUAAGUGAAAGUGUCGAAUCAGAACACAGUAGGAAACUGAAACAACUGAACACGGAUGACAGAAAUUCUUUGCAAAUAAAUUCAGUAUCGUCUGAGUACCAAUUUCAAAUUGAGAACCAGCUGCAGAUCGAGAACCAAUAUCAGAUCGAUGGGUUAAGAUCACAGAUCAACAUCGUAACAUCAGAUGCUAACGCGAGUUGUGCUUCCUCAAUAUCUCAAAUAGUACCGCAGAUUACUGCAUUACAACCACAACACUAUUUGCAUGCGAAUGCUGGGAGUUUCAAUAGCAACGCCUCAUUUAGCUCACCGUUUUUGCUUCAGCCUAUUAAAAUUCCAGAUCCAAACGUAAAAGAUCAGUCAAAUAAUAUUCUAACUAAUGAAGAUAUUUUAGAAUUUUUGAAGUAGUUACGGAAGGAUUACAGGAUUACGUCUAAUGUCUAGUUUGUACGUAUUAUGACAAUAUAAAUUAUU